AUGCAUGCUGGACACAAUGAGACAUAUCCAUGUACCGGUCUAAUGCGAAUCAAAUUGGACGCGCAUCCGAUGAUUCGAUGCGGUGCCGAACCGAUGAUCACGCUGAGCGUACUGGAAUUGUGGAAACGAGUUCGGAACACGCUAUUGGGACGUGCCAUCGAGGCGGGAAUUUACCCAGAUGCACUCAAUAAUGCAACUAGAGCAUACAUUGUGGAAACAAUUCGACAUAUGGGGCCGGACGCACCUGUACUGUGUCACAAACAACCAACCACAUUUCAACACUUGUCCACUUUGGGUCAGUUAUUUCCCACAGCGAAAUUCAUUCACAUGGUUCGUGAUGGACGUGGAGCAGUUGCGUCAUCUAUAAAUCGACAUCUACUUCCUAACAACUAUUUUCAACGGUCACUGGACGGUUGGCAAGGGAUGGUAUUACAAAUCAUAAAGGACUGUGAACAGUUGGGUCCGAACCAUUGUAUCCAUGUCCGAUACGAGUCGUUGAUUUUGCAAACAGAGCAGGAAAUGCGUCGUGUGUUAAAUUUUAUCGGUGUUCCGUGGGAUCCGAUUGUAUUGCACCAUGAGACAAUCAAAGACCAAUUAACCAAUCUAAACACAUACGAACCCAGCACGGUGCAAUUUCUUAAAUCGGUACACAACAAUUCGCUUGCUGCCUGGUCUUUGCCAUCCUCGCCGAUUCCGGUGGAUGUAUUGAACAAAUCGUGUGAAACAGUUAAAUUGUUGAAGCUUUUAAACUACUGUCCAACCAAAGGAUACAUCCCUAAUUACGCGGAUGUCCCAUCCGACAAUCCGGAUAUGAGUAAAAUAUUGGAACUUGCCCGAAAAUAA